ACGGUCAACCGCACCUGCGUCCCUCAUCCUCGUCACCAAACGGAGAAUUUUCUUGGGUAAUCCCGUAGAAUAUAUUCGGAAAUUGGCCCCGUUCAUUCCCACCGUCUUCCUUCAGUGUAUACCCUACGGCGCUCCGGCCGCCGCCUUCCUCCGAUCCCGCCAUGGGUAAAUACAAUCUCACAGCUCUCCGAGUUCGACAGACGGCGAUCCGACAACAGGUCGCCGGUAAGAUGAAGCAACUCCCCAAAUGGGUUGACGUUGUGGGAGAUAUCCCACCAUCUCAAGUUCUUGUGCGAAACCAGCCACAGCAGCACCAACUCGUCCGACAGCGAGUGCAGACGCUUCCCGGAGCCUCGAAGCCGCAGGUCGUCUUCGAUGUUCAAGAGAAGCGUGUGAAACCGAAGAAGGCAAGCCGUAUGUUCCUCCCCACCGAAGUCAAGUACGAAGAAGAUCAGCUACGAAAGGAGUUUUUCCGCGACCACCCCUGGGAACUUGCGAGACCCCGAGUCGUGCUGGAAAGCUCGGGCAAGGAUCAUGAAAACUAUAACUGGAGCCGGCUCCAGCAACCAGGCAAGCGACUAGAUGGUGAGAGCGUCGUCCAGCGUCAGCUCUGGCUCCUUAACAACGUCCCCGAUAUGACCAAGAGUGCAGCUUAUGAUAUUGCACGUCGUGAAUUCUACCGUCUGCGUCUACAGGAAGAUAUUGAACGGCGAGUUGCUGCAGAAGAAGCCGAAGCCACUGGUGCUACAUUCGGCCCUACCCGUCUGGAAAUCGGCAUGAACCUUGAAAACCAAGAAUACGACCGCUGGAAGGUGUGGGCUAAGUCUGAGGCCCAAAUCCAGGAACAGAGAGCGGCAGCAUUUACCGGUGCUCCGGAAAUUCCAACUAGCGAAGAAGGCCUGGGACUGGGGGCAGGCGUUGAAGAGAAGCAGCCUCAGCAGGCAUAGGGCACAAAAGUGUAAAUGUCGUUAUAGAAUUCGAUUAAACUUGGCCUGUAUCUUCUCUCUUUUUCUACAGUUGGGCAUGUCGAUGGCUUAUGUAUAAUAUUGGAUGUUUUUUUUUGGGUCUCUGAUACUGUUAUGUAUUUUUCCAAAUUACUACUUAACAGCCCAUGGUUUUGGGGUAAGAAUUAUAUUAAUUCAUUUUGUACAGA